UCGGCUGCUGACAAACACUGCUCCGUCCUGCACGUUCCGAUCGGCGGCGACUCGACUGCCAUCUCCCCAGUCGCCGACAGUCCAGCCCUCGCUGCGUGUGGCCAAUGCUGCUCCAGCCGAUGAACAACCUGCGACAAGCCGCCGUCCCGGCCGUUCAUCCCGUCUCUUGGGUCAUGGGCGCCCGACGAGAAAACAUGGGGCUCAAGUGCGCGGAUCCCUACGAGCCUGAUGUCGACGCCGACCUCCGGGCCAAGGAGAGGAACCCCAGGGAGCACCCCGACGCCGACUACAUGUCCAAGAUGCAGCAGGGCCACCUGAGCCCGUCCAUGCGCGCCGAGCUCGUGCUCUGGAUGGACGCGUUCGCCCGGAACCUCGGUGGCCUCCCGGAGGGCAUGCUCUGCCGCGCCGUCGCCUACCUCGACCGCGUCCUGUCCGUGCGCCCCGUUCCGGCCCACGACGAGGCGCUCCAACUCGUGGCCGCCGCCGCCGUCUCCCUCGGCGCCAAGCACGAGCAGUCCUCCAGCGGGCGGAGGCUCGACGCCCAACUCGUCGAGGCGUUCCUGGGGACCACCGUGCACAUGGUGGAGGAGAUGGAGUGGGAGCUCUUCAUGGAUCUCGGCUGCGCCAUGGACGGCCCGACCGCGUACACCUUCGUCGACCACUUCACGAGGUUCUUCCAGUGGGAGGAUGAGCUCUUGGUGAGGUCCCUGGCGCUUCGGCUGGUCAACCUGACGUUGCCAUUUUUCGGGUUCGUUGGACGGAUCCUGCCGUCGGCCAUGGCUGCAUCGGCGCUGUUCCUCGCCAGGCAGAUCCUCGGCGUGCCGUUGAGCCACGAUCUGGAGGAGGUGAUGGGGUACAAGGCGGUGGAGUUGACGGGUUGCAUAUGCGCCUUAGAGAAGCUGCUUCCCAAGAAAAAUCUCUAAUCUGUAAAUGACGUGCAACAAGACCAUGGAGUAGAUGGACUGUGUAUGCGAUGCGCCUUUGCAGAUGUCGUUAUUUGUAGACCCUAAUCCAGACAAUGUAAUUCGAUGCGAUUGAUGCAUGUAUCAUGGAUGAACAAAAUCCGUAUUCUUUAUGGGGAUGUGUAUAGGAAUUUAAUUAGUUACACGAUAGAACUCAAAAUUAAGUCGGACCUCUCUUGUCAUUCAUUCUACUACAUGUGCAAUAUGGUUCCCAAAUUUUUGAUAAGUGUAAGAUAUGGCAUGGGCUGUUCUUCAGUUAUUCUGUC